CAUUAACUUAUUAUAAGUAUUUAACAAUUAAAUUAUAUUUUUAAGUAACCAUUAUUCUGUUAAAAUAGAUAUAGACUGAAAAUAGCUUAAUAGUUUUCAUAAUAUAAUAUUAUUUUGUUCUGAGUGAUAUCUUGUUAUAGGUACUUGUAAAUAUUGUCUCAACCCUUUCAUAAAUUUAAUGUAAUGUGUACUUGAGUUUUAUUAAUUGACGAUUGUAUUAUCUGAUGAAUAUUUAUACAGAUUAUUCUCAAAAAUGUCCAGAUUGCCACAAAUGUUUUUAUUCUGCUACAUCAUUAUUAGUACAUUUUUUUAGUCACGUUGGUGAAGAAAAAUUAGUUGAUGCCGAUAAUAAUGAAAAUAGUUCAACUUCUAAAAAAAAACAUGUAGAAACUAGCAAUUAUGGAUCUUCUAAACCAUUGAAUUUGACAGUGGGUGAAACUCUUAAUCCUUGGAAAUAUUGUUUGGCCACAUAUGAAGAAAAUAAUGAUAAUCCAGUUAAACCAUUAAAAAAAGUAACUAAAAAAAAUAAAGAAAAAGACAAGACUUUUGAAUGUAGUUUGUGUAGUAAAAAAUUUGGGUGGACAACUGAUCUUAAAAGGCAUUUACUCAUUCACACAGGAGAAAGGCCUUUUAAAUGUAAUUCAUGCCAAGCAGCAUUUACAAGAAACUUUUUACUUCAAAAACAUUUUGCUCGAGCUCAUAAAAAGGUAUCUGAAGAUGAAUCGAAGAAGUUGGAGAACCAUGUACAUGCUAAUGUUACAGAAAUAAAAUUAAAAAUGAAGGAACUAGAGUGCCAAAGGGAACAUAAGAACAUACCGGUCGGCGACCAAUUUAUGUCCGGCGGCGCGCAUUCCCCCCAAUUUCCUAUUGUUAGCGUGAUCACGUGGUUCUCAACGCACUAAUCGAAUCAUUCGACAUGCGCGAAAGCGGUGUGUUCUCUUAUGAAAAGGAUUAUAGUUAUGGUAUAAAUUCCUUUAAACAUUUUUUUUUUUAAAUUUAUUUGUGGAGGGAGGUUAUACCACAAUUGUGUGCAUCUAAAUUCAAUUUAGGUAGUUUUAAAAUUAAAAAUCCCUUUACCUAUAUUGAAUUCAAGUAAAUAAUAUUGAAACUAGUAAUUCAUAAUAUUAUAUCAAUAUUAAUUUUUGAAUGUUUUCAUGAUGAUUAUUAGUUAUAUAGAUAUUAUCCUUGGUGAAUUGCAUAAACCAGAUAAAAUAAUAAAAUAUUUAGGACUUGUAACAGUUAGGUACCUAGUCUAAUUUCAGAUGUUUCAUUACGUAAAAAUGUAAUAUAGAUUAUUAUCUAAACUACCCUAAUUUUACUUGUAUAGUAGAGUAGGCAAAGUUCCUUCAAAAUAGUAUUAAUUAAAGUUAAAAAUAAUAACUAAGGCUCUGAUUUAUAUGACCUAAUACUCAAAAAAUGUGUACCACCAAAAGAAUUAUAGUAGGAUAAAAAAAACAUAUAAAUGAUCAGCUAUCUAUAUAAUUGGUUAUCAGCUAAUUGGUAUGUGUGACAUUAGGAUAAAUUUGUGAAUCAUAUUAUUUAAACACCAGAUUACCUAAUGUUGUUUAAGUACAUUAUAUGUAUUUAAAUAUAGUUUUUUUUGUAAUAUUACUAGAAAUAUGUUAAAAAUUGCCUAAAAAAAAUAAACAAUGACCUUGAACAUCAAAAACAUUGAAAAAUGAAAAAAUGACUCAAAAUGUAUUAGCAUAAUGUGUACUGAAAACACAUUUGUAUAUUAGAAGUACCAAGUCGAAUAUUUCAGAGAAAAAAUGCAAAAUCCGAGCCCUAAUAAUAACUAUCCUAUAUAAUUAAAAGUACAUCGGUACAAUAAUUUCUAAAAUAUAAUAAUAUAUACUUUAUUGUUUGGUAUUUUUGUUUUUGUAAAACUAAUAUUAUGUAGGAUACUUUAUGCAUUAUUUUUAAUUACAUUAACAAUUUUUUUGUAAUGAUUUUCAUCUUUAAAAAAUUGGUACAUACUUAAUAAUAUGUUCCCGUACGUUUCCUAUGUACAAUUCAGUAGGUUAGUAUGCAACUUAUAUUUUUUUGAGAUAACCAACAAAGUUUUAUUACUAGGCUUGUAGUUAGAUUGAGUACAGUCGAGUAUGAGUCAUUGAGUUAGUUUGUGUUCUAAAGUGUUAUAUGAAUUGGUAAAUUUCAACUAUAGUCUGUGAAUUUAUAUUAAAAUAUUUUGAUUAAGUUGUAUGCUGAAAUAAUUUUUAGAUUAUUACAGCUAUUUGUAGGUAGUAGGUACUAAACAAGUUUCAAAAUAAUUUCAAAUAUAUAAUAUAAUACAGUAUAUACCUUGUUAUAAUUUUAUUUUAUCUAUACCUACUUAAAAAUGUAUAGGUAACUCAUAAGAAUGAAUUAUUUUUAUCAUUAUAAAUAUACAUAUUUAAUUUAGGUAUAUUAUUAGUAUACCAAAUACGUAUAUAUUUUUUUUCAUUUCUUUUCAUGUUAUAAUUACCUAUGUAUUUUAAUUUAUAAUUAUUAUUUAUUGUUCUAAAUAUAAACUUAUUUUUUACUUACCUGUAAGGCAAUAUAUGGGUAAUUUUAAGAGUUUAAAUGUCUCAUAAAAUGUUUUCUUUCUCUGUAAUUCUUGAAGGGAGCUUCCCCUUUGAACUUUGGGUAUUUAAAAAUGUAACACUCCCCUUAAAAAUUAACUCAGUAAUGGCCUUGUAUACCUGGUAAACUAAUUGUAUUACAAAUAUGUAUCUACAGUAUUAUUUUAAUAGUUAAAUACACACAUUAUAGUGGAUCUAUUUGUUGACAUAUUAUAUCCUUAUAAGGUACAAAAAAUGAUCAAUUAAUUUAUUACCUAUUAAUAAUUGUAUAAAAAAAUGUAUAACUAUUAUUAUUAUUUAUUAAAAAGUGCGUUGAUGUGCUUAAGUAUUCUCAGUACACAAAUGAAUUAUUUGAUAACAAACAUAUUUUAUGAUGAGUUAGUACACAAUGGACAUCUAUAUAAUCAUGCAGUGGCGGCAUAAAUAGCUAUUUUAUUUAACUUGUACUUCAUGUAAAAGUGGCGAUGAGUAUAUUUUAAUGUUGUACUCAUUUAUAAUUUACGAAUAAUUUAUGUAAUUUUUAUGGAUUGGGUUUGGCCAUUCACAUUAAUACAGAAACAAUUGGUGAAUGGGUACUUAUUUUAAAUAGUCGCUUCAUAAAAAAAAAAUUUCACGCCGCCACUACAACUCUCAUGCUUGAAUUGGCAGGGGAAGUAAGAACCUCUUCUCUUUAAAAGAAAUUCACUUACUUAAAUCGUCUAAAUCAAAAGUCAUUAAAUAAUUAGAAACACAAAUUUAAACAUUCAAAUAUUGUCACUAUAUUUUCACCAAUUCAAGCAUUAAAUAUAGAAGAUUUAUACUGAUUAUCUUAAAAUAUAAUUUUGUUAAUUGUUAUUCAAUAGUUACUUAUGUAAUGGGAAAUCAAUGAGAGUAAUUAGGGGACAGCUUUCCGUGUACUUUGCAUUAGUUAUUUUAAACAAUUAUACAAUAUUUUUUUUUUACUAGGUAAAUAAAAUGUAUUUUUUUGUUUGAAGUACCUAUUUUAUAAUUAUUACUAGUCGUAUCUAGUCUUAGAUUUUAAUAUUAAUUACUAUGUAUUAUUAAGGAUACUGUAUGACAAUAAAAUACAAAUAUGACAAUAAUUUUUGUUUGUAACUCAAUAAAAAACAAAUGACAAUAAUUUUUGUUUGUAACUUACAUAAAUAAAGACUUUAUUAAAAACA